AUGGAGAAUGGUGCAUCGUCUGAAGGGAAAGAUCCGUCCGCCUUCUUGGGUGAGAUAAUCGGGGCUCCUGUGACAGUCAAAUUGAACUCUGGUGUUGUAUACAAAGGCGAACUUCAGUCUGUAGAUGGCUACAUGAACAUUGCCUUGGAGAAGUCACAGGAAUUUGUCAGUGGCAAGCUCACCCGUAGCUAUGGAGAUGCCUUCAUUCGAGGAAAUAAUGUGCUAUACAUCGCGGCAAUUUGA